ACGGAGCCCGGAGGUAUUGCGACUGUGCAAUCGGCAAUGUAUUGAUGUAAACAUUCUCUUGUCAUUCGUUUACAGAAUUUCAGAGUGUUUGCAAGAUUUUCGAUGCACUAAAUGGCGCGCCUUGAUAAAUUUGUGAACAGCUGAUGAAGCUUCUGUGCAAGUGAUUAUAAUUUGGAAUAUUAUUGAAACAACUUUAUCAACCUUUACGUGAAGUUUUUUUUAUGAGUGCGCAAACGUAACUUGUUUACACAAACAAAGGAACUCUACAAUUUAACGUUUUCUAAAAUCUAAACACGACUUGUAACUCGAAAAGAAGAGUUGUAUGUUGGACAGCACUAAGAUAAACCAUGCCGACUCUUUUGGAAGCAUUGGAGCGAAAGUAUGGAGCCAAGGGAGAAGCGAAUCCCUCCAUAGAUGAUAUGCCCGUAGCCAUAUUUGUGCCUAAACGUUCGCCAAGACUUAGCGUACCAACGUUGCUAGUAUUAAACGACUGUGACAUAGACAGGGCCGGGGACGCCAUAGCUCUGGCCGAUAAAUGUGCGGAUGUCGUUGAACUGGACAUCGCGAAAAAUAAGCUUAGUGAUUGGGAAGAGGUAUUCGCAAUAUUGGAACAAACUCCUCGCGUAAGAUUCUUGAAUCUAAGUUUUAAUAGGCUGACGGCCCAACUGCAAGCCGCGCAAGCUUUGCAACCUAGAUGGGAUAGCCUCAGUAACCUUGUGCUAAAUUCGACGUACGUCGGCUGGCAAAGUGUGCAUGGUCUUCUUAAAGCCCUGCCCGCUCUCGAGGAGUUACAUCUGAGCCUUAAUGAGUACUCUCACAUAAAUCUGAGCGGGAAGGAUGUCAACGAGAAAGAUGUUUGCGAAACUUGCUCGAGGCUCAACGCGGACGUACAAGAGCCAGUUCACAAGCAGCUGAAGAAGUUGCACUUCUCCGGUAACCCGGUUAGCAGUUGGCGAGAGAUCUCGAAGUUAGGAUACGCGUUUCCGAAUCUAGAGACGCUUCUAGUGAACGAAUGUCCAAUAACGACGCUGGAGCCGGAUCCGUGUGAGAAAUGUGAUGACAGCAACGGGAACAAGGAGUGCCAUGAUGCUUUUCCACAUUUGCGGUUCUUGAAUCUGAACAACACGGGGCUGGCGACGUGGGACGAGGUGGAUCGACUCGCCAAAUUCCCAGCACUCAAGAACUUGCGAGUACAGGGUUGGCCGCUAUGGGAGCGUUUCGAGUCUACCGAGCACGAGCGACGGUUGCUCUUGGUGGCGCGACUACCCCACAUCCGGACCCUGAACGGUGGUGGGGCUGUGCCACCGGAAGAGAGGGAUGCCGCCGAACGAGCCUUCAUCAGAUACUACAUGGAGAAGGCCGAGGCUGACCGACCUGACAGGUACUGGGAACUGGUUGGCAUCCACGGCAAGCUCGACCCGCUCGUGUCAGUGGACCUGCGGCCGGAGAAGCGAGUACAGAUCACCUUCACGUGCGGCGAUGUCAGCGAGGUGCGCACCGUCGAUGUCUACAGAACCGUGUCAGACUUGAAAACGCGCCUAGAACGCCUGGCCGGAUUCCCAGCUUCUAAGAUGAGACUUUUCUAUGUCGACCAAGAGCUGAGAGACUCACAGCCGUUUCAGGGUCCAGAAGAGAUGAAGAUACCCUCGAAGCAGCUCUACUCCUACAACAUCAGGUCCGGAGAUGAAAUUAUCAUCGAUUCCAAACUCAAGCACUCGAUCUCCGCUAACUCUAAUUCAUAAGAUUCUAUAAUGCAUUUUCUUAUUAUGCUGGCUUCUCACGGUGCGUAAUAUCACGAGCCGCGCCGCGCCGAGCCGAUUUGUACGAGCCAGCACGAGCCAACAGGCGAAUCCGUGUUACCCGUUCUCACGGCGCGUAAUAUCACGAGCCGCUUGAGCCGCGCCUUUGAAGUUACCGACUUCAAUCGGAUCGGACGCGCCUGCUCGAGCCAGCCCACGCCAGCUCAAGCCACCAGUCACCACCCUCACACGGCGCGUGCGGCGACGUGGCUCAAGCUGGCGCGACGCGGCUUGCAAUAUUACGCGUCGUGAGAAGCCAGCAUUAAAGCAUUCUAUGCUUUUAAAAUCAAAUAGAAUAUUACUUUUUAAUUAUAAUGCUAACCCUGAAUAGUGCCAAAGCAUUAUUUGAUACAGUCCGAAAUAACUUUGGCAGUUACGUUUCCAUCCAUAGUGUAAAGGAUUUUUUACUGCAAUAUGGUUCAGACUUCAGUUAAUCAGUGCCUUCUAUAACUGUCUUGCCAAAAUUACAAUUAUUUUUUUUAUUUUACAAACCAAAAUCACACCUGCAGGCUGCAUUUUGCAUGUGGUCUCUCUGCAACAUACUCAAUAGCCGCGUACGAGCGAGCAGCCUCGCGAGGCAGCAUCGGACAUUUGCCGCAGUACGCAUGCCGCGCGAGGCGGCCUCGGUCUGUAAGUUUUCUAAUCCGAAGCUGCCUCGUGCGGCAACGUCGAGCCACCGUGAGGCUUAUCAAGCAUCAACGCUCAGUUUAACUUGAAACGCACAACUAACACGCAACGAAAAGCGAGGCAAAAAACUACCGUCUUGAGUGAACACGGCAAACGUACCGAGGCACCUUUGAGCAUCGCCAAAAACCGACAACGCUCGGCUCGGGCCGCGGCACCAGGCACGCUCGGGCGAGGCAGCUCGUGCGUUUGCCUCGAGAAAGGCACGUUUUGUCCGACCGAGGAUUUGCCUUGCGUGGCUGCUCGCUCGGCUCGGGCCGCGGCACCGGGCACGCUCGGGCGAGGCAGCGCGUGCGUUUGCCUCGAGAAAGGCACGUUUUGUCCGACCGAGGAUUUGCCUUGCGAGGCUGCUUGCUUGGUCAGUACGCGGCAGAUUAGAAAUCUUGGUGAUUUUAACAUUGUGUAAAUUAUGGAAACUUUAUUUUUAUGUUGAAAGGGAUUUACUUACUUAUUAAAAAAAUCA